AUGUUAAACAACACUUUUAAUGUGGAUGUCCUACAGAUCGAAGGGUUAAAGGUCAGCCCACAGGCCACCAUUCCCGCCUUUAUGCUUCUCCUCCUCAUCUACAUCUUUAUCAUGGUGUCCAACAUCGGCCUGGUUGUCCUGAUCUUCAUGGAGAGGAGCCUCCACCAGCCCAUGUAUCUGCUCUUCUGUAACAUGAGUAUUAAUGAUGCGUUCGGGGCCUCGUGCAUCAUCCCUCGUUUACUGACUCAGGUUUUUACCCUGCUGACGAAGCGCUACAUCAGCUAUCACCAGUGUGCCCUCCAGGCCUUCUGUGCUCACUUUCAUGCAGGUGUCUGUCACACAGUCCUCAUCAUCAUGGCCUUUGAUCGCUAUGUAGCAAUCUGCCGCCCACUCCGAUACGCCACCAUCAUGACUACCAGGAUGGUGGUGAAGCUGUCGUUAUCAGCCUGGGGCGUAGCUUUCUUUUUAAUCCUAAUCCUUGUGUUCCUCAGCACCCGCUUGUCACGGUGCCGAAGUUUUGUCGACAACCCUUUCUGCGACAACGCCUCCUUGUUUAAGCUGUCCUGUGAAAACCUCCUCAUAAACCACAUCUAUGGUCUCAGCUCCGCCAUGCUCACGAUGGCUUGCUCCCUGAGCAGCGUGACGGUCACCUAUGUGAGGAUAGCUAUGGUGUGUCUGAGCAGCAGGAACCAGACCCUGAACAGCAAAGCCCUGCAGACCUGCGCCACACAUCUGGCUGUCUACAUCAUCCUGUUCCUCUCAGGUAACAUCAUCAUCAUCCUGCAUCGCUUCCCUCACCUGGCAGACGAGAGGAAGCUAGCGUCCAUCUUGUUCCACGUGGUUCCUCCUUCUAUGAACGCUGUUAUCUACGGGCUGCAAAUCAAAACGAUUAGACAAAAAAUAACCAUUAUAUUCAACAAGGGGAAAUGA